AUCCGCGCGUCCUGUCUGACAGCUCGGAUUUAAAUGCCUGGACUUGACUUCGCGGUAACCGUUUAUCUCUCGGAGCUUCAGUGAUUAUUGGGUUUCAUCGUCGCCGGACAUGUCGGGACAGAAACCGUCCCUGAAGAGCGGCGGCUCCGCGAGCCGGUUCCAGGUGGAUGUGGUGACAGAAUCCUCAGCUCCAUCCGCGAUCCCGGCCUCUGCUCCUGCCCAUGACGCAUCAAAGCAGCCUCCUGAAGAAUCCAAAGGUCGGUUCAAGAUGGUGGGCUUCACGGAUCCAGGUGCGCUGGGCAGCGCCAUGGACAUCGGUCUCCCACCUGAUGUUUUCCACGAGCCUGACACAGCAAAGAGCGACUCGGUUAGUCUCCAUUCCACAGGCACGGGACACACGCACAUCUCCGACUCCCAUUCCAACACCUACUACAUGAGGACGUUCGGACACAACACCAUAGACGCGGUUCCCAACAUCGAGUUCUACCGACAAACUGCUGCGCCAUUCGCUGAGAAGCUGACCAGACCGUCGCUGUCGGAGCUGCACGAUGAGCUGGAUAAAGAUCCGUUUGAGGAUGGUCUGGCCAAUGGAGAGGAACCAUCGGCAGCUGAGGAGGCGGCAGCAUUGGCGGCAAAGCAGGCAAAAGGAGGGACUGUCAAAUUUGGUUGGAUGAAGGGAGUCUUGAUCCGCUGCAUGCUGAACAUCUGGGGUGUGAUGCUUUUCAUCAGAAUGUCCUGGAUUGUUGGACAAGCUGGAAUUGGACUGACCAUAGCAAUCAUCUUAAUGGCCACUGUGGUGACUACCAUCACUGGUUUGUCCACCUCUGCUAUAGCAACCAACGGCUUUGUACGGGGAGGUGGAGCUUACUACCUGAUCUCCAGGAGUCUGGGCCCAGAGUUUGGAGGUUCCAUUGGUCUGAUCUUUGCCUUUGCCAAUGCUGUAGCUGUGGCCAUGUACGUCGUAGGCUUCGCAGAAACAGUUGUUGAGAUGCUUAAUGAUGUUGAUGCCCUGAUGACUGAUGAACUGAAUGACGUUCGAAUUGUUGGGACUCUGACUGUCAUCCUGCUGCUGGGAAUCUCUGUAGCUGGGAUGGAGUGGGAAGCCAAGGCUCAGAUUGUCCUCCUGGUAAUCCUGCUGGGAGCAAUCGCUAAUUACUUCAUAGGAAGCUUCAUGCCAACAGAAAGCAAAGAGCCCAAAGGAUUCUUUGGCUAUCACACUGCCAUUUUCAUCGAGAACCUGGGUCCAGACUUCAGAGAAGAAGAGACAUUUUUUUCUGUGUUUGCCAUCUUCUUCCCAGCAGCCACUGGGAUCUUGGCUGGAGCCAAUAUCUCUGGAGACCUCACAGAUCCUCAGUCAGCGAUCCCUAAAGGAACACUGCUGGCCAUCCUCAUUACAGGACUCACCUAUGUGGCUGUGGCCAUCUCUGCAGGAUCUUGCAUUGUGAGAGAUGCAACUGGUGACCACAACGACACUGUGAGUGACACAGUAAACUGCACUGAUGCCGCCUGCACGCUGGGCUAUGACUUCUCCAUCUGUAAGGAGGGAGGCUGUCAGUUUGGCUUAAUGAAUGACUUCCAGGUGAUGGGUCUGGUGUCAGGCUUCAGUCCUCUGAUCACUGCAGGGAUAUUUUCAGCCACUCUUUCCUCCGCUCUGGCCUCACUGGUCAGCGCACCUAAAGUAUUCCAGGCUCUGUGCAAGGACAACAUCUAUCCAGGGCUGGGUGUUUUUGCAAAGGGUUAUGGGAAAAACAAUGAGCCGCUUCGUGGUUAUGUCCUGACUUUUGGAAUUGGCCUUGCCUUCAUCCUCAUUGCGGAGUUGAACAUCAUUGCUCCCAUCAUCUCUAACUUCUUCCUGGCCUCCUACGCUCUCAUCAACUUCUCUGUCUUCCAUGCCUCCCUAGCCAACUCUCCAGGGUGGCGCCCCAGCUUCAAGUAUUACAACAUGUGGGUUUCUCUUGCUGGUGCAAUUCUGUGCUGUGUUGUGAUGUUUGUCAUCAACUGGUGGGCAGCUCUGGUCACUCUGCUCAUUGUCCUCGCUCUCUACAUCUAUGUCAGCUACAAGAAACCUGAUGUAAACUGGGGUUCGUCCACUCAGGCUCUGAUGUACAACCAGGCUCUGACUCAUUCUCUGAACCUCACUGGAGUUGAGGACCAUGUGAAAAACUUCAGGCCACAGUGUUUGGUUUUGACUGGUUAUCCAAACUCUCGUCCUGCUCUGCUUCAACUGGUUCAUGCUUUCACCAAGAACGUUGGUCUCAUGGUCUGCGGUCACAUCAAGACUACAUCGCGUCGACCAAACUUUAAGGAGCUGUCCCAGGAUCACACUCGCUGUCAGCGCUGGUUCAAUAUGAAACACAUCAAGGCUUUUUAUACUCCUGUUUUCUCUGAUAACCUUAGACAUGGGACACAGUUCCUCCUUCAGGCUGUGGGUUUAGGUCGUCUGAAGCCUAACACACUGGUCAUGGGAUUUAAGAACAACUGGAGUGACGGCGACAUGAGAGACGUGGAGAUUUACAUCAACACAUUACAUGAUGCCUUUGACCUGCAGUUUGGAGUUGUGAUCCUCCGACUGCAGGAAGGACUGGACAUUUCUCACACCCAGGGACAAGAUGAGCUGCUUUCAUCAAAUGAGAAGCCACCAGCCAGCACUAAGCAGGUGGUGAUUUCCAUAAGUCUGGCUAAAGACUCAGAUUCUGACUCCUGUCCGUCAAAAACCACCAGCAACCAGAGCAGUCCACUUAUUAUGAGAGCCACAGAAACCAAGAGUCCCCUGAGCCUGACGGACCAGCGUCUGUUGGAGUCCAGCCAGCAGUUUAAAAAGAAACAGGGCAAAGGAACCAUAGAUGUCUGGUGGCUCUUUGAUGAUGGAGGUCUGACUCUGCUGAUUCCUUACCUGCUGACCAACCGGAGUAAGUGGGGUGACUGCAGGAUCCGCGUCUUCAUCGGUGGGAAGAUCAACCGCAUCGACCACGACCGCCGAGUGAUGGCUACCCUGCUCAGCAGAUUCAGGAUUGACUUCUCUGACAUCAAUGUCCUUGGUGACAUCAAUACCAAACCCAAGAAACACAAUAAGCUGAGUUUUAAGGAGCUGAUCGAGCCAUACAGGCUGAAAGAAGACGACAUGGAGCAGGAAGCUGCAGAGAGGCUGAAGGCCCAAGAGCCAUGGAGGAUAACUGACAAUGAACUGGAGCUCUACAAGGCAAAGACCAACCGUCAGAUCAGGCUGAACGAGCUUUUGAAGGAGCACUCCUGCAAUGCCAAACUGAUUGUCAUGACGAUGCCAUUGGCGAGGAAGGGCACAGUGUCGAGCGCUCUAUACAUGUGCUGGUUGGAAACUUUGUCCAGAGACGUCCCACCUCUGCUGUUCGUCAGAGGAAACCACCAGAGUGUACUCACCUUUUACUCCUAACACUCACACACAUACAAAUACAUGUGUAUCUGUUUCUGUCAUGAUGAAAGUUGUGUUUGACAGACGUGAAACGUGAGACUGCUGCUUCUUUAACGUGAUGUAAAUGAAUGUUUCCUUAAUUAAUAAUAAAUCACUACUAAGAUUGUUUUCUCUUUUACGUUAACAGCCUGUAAAUCAUGUGGCCUUGUGAGUUUCACCUGAAUAUGAAUAACUACAGUUAAAUAUUAACUUUACUGUUAAUUAUGUGUCUGAAGUGUGACUUCAAAGUUGUUGGGUAUUUUCUUGUGUUUAGAAUGUGAACUACUGAUGCCAUUAUUUUGUACAUCAUUUUAUUAAAAUAUUAAUAAAGGUUCUGUGGAGUCUGUGUGUAAA